UUAAUACAAAAAAAUUGUAUCCCGUCUGUGUUGUGUUUGUGAUCGAGAAAGAGACAGAGGGUGUGCCUUGUUUACUGUUCACCUCACAACAAAGAUUUUUGCUUUUUUUGUUCGACAAUAACAACAACUAUAUAUAUAAUGAACGUGGUAGACCACGUGCGGGAAAUGGCAGUAGCUGGCCUCCACUCUAACGUCAGAUUAUUGAGCAGUAUGUUACUGACAAUGAGCACCAACAGCACGGAGUUGUUUUCGCCUUCACAGAAGUAUCAGCUGCUGGUGUACCAUGCUGAUGCUCUCUUUCAUGAUAAGGAGUAUCGGAAUGCAGCAUGCAAGUACACUAUGGCAUUACAGCAGAAGAAGAGCCUAAGCAAGACUUCUAAAGUGAGGCCGUUCCCUGGGAGCACCACAUCCUCCCCACAGGCCCAGAAAAAAGGGGGUCAAACUUUGCACUCGCUUCAAAAUCAGAGCCUGCCCUCUGAGAUUGAAGUGAGGUAUAAAAUAGCUGAGUGCUACACCAUUCUGAAGCUGGAUAAAGAUGCCAUCGCAGUGCUGGAAGGGAUUCCCACCAGACAGAGGACUCCCAAGAUUAACAUGAUGCUGGCUAAUCUGUACAAGAAGGCUGGGCAGGAGCGUUCGUCUGUGACCAGCUACAAGGAAGUCAUCAGACAGUGUCCCCUCGCUCUUGAUGCUAUCAUAGGUCUGCUGUCGCUGUCUGUGAAAGGUGCAGAAGUGGCUUCAAUGGCUAUGGAUGUGAUUCAGAGCAUCCCCAAUCUGGACUGGCUGUCAGUGUGGAUAAAGGCGUAUGCUUUCAUACAUUCUGGUGAUAACAUGAGAGCCAUCAACACCAUCUGCUCCCUGGAGAAGAAGUCCCUGCUUCGUGAUAACGUGGAUUUGCUGAUUAGCCUUGCAGACCUGUAUUUCAGAGCUGGGGACACGAAGAACUCCAUCCUCAAGUUUGAGCAGGCCCAGAUGCUGGACCCCUAUGUCAUCAAAGGAAUGGACGUGUAUGGGUACCUGCUGGCUCGAGAGGGCCAUCUAGAGGAUGUUGAGGUCCUGGGAGGACGUCUGUUCAACAUCUCGGACCAGCAUGCUGAACCCUGGGUAAUCUCUGGGUGCCACAGCUUCUACAGUAAGAGGUACUCCCGUGCGCUCUACCUGGGAGCCAAGGCCAUCCAGCUGAACAGUAACAGUGUACAGGCCCUGCUGCUGAAGGGAGCUGCUCUGAGGAACAUGGUGAGAGUCCAGGAGGCCAUCAUCCACUUCAGAGAGGCCAUGCGCCUCGCCCCCUGCCGUCUGGACUGCUAUGAGGGUCUCAUUGACUGUUACCUGGCGUCGAACAGUAUCCGUGAAGCCAUGGGGAUGGCGAACAAUGUAUACAAGACCCUGGGAGCGAACGCACAGACACUCACCAUCCUGGCCACCGUGUGUCUGGAGGACCCCAUGACACAGGAGAAGGCCAAGACUCUGCUUGACAAGGCGCUGGCACAGAGACCAGACUACAUCAAAGCUGUGGUCAAGAAGGGCGAGCUGCUCAGCCGAGAACAGAAAUACGAGGAGGGAAUCGCUCUGCUGCGGAACGCCCUCGCCAACCAGAGCGACUGUGUGCUGCACAGGAUGCUGGGAGAUUUCCUGGUGGCUGUCAAUGACUAUCAGGAGGCCAUGGACCAGUACAGCAUUGCACUGAGCCUGGACCCGAAUGACCAGAAGUCUCUGGAGGGCAUGCAGAAGAUGGAGAAGGAGGAGAGCCCGACGGAGGCGACUGCAGAUGAGGAUGUGGAUGAUAUGGAGGGCAGCGGGGAGGAAGGGGACCUGGAGGGCAGCGACAGCGAGGCCGCACAGUGGGCUGACCAGGAGCAGUGGUUUGGCAUGCAGUGACCCAGAGAGGCCACGCAGUGGGCUGACCAGGAGCAGUGGUUUAGCAUGCAGUGACCCAGCGAGACCGGGCUGGGCCGGACAAGGUACCGCCAGGGGAAAUCCAUCUUCUCAUCGACCCUGUGAGCCAGGCACUGACCCCUAACACAUAGUGCCACCUGGUGGUAGACUUCACUGCUUGUGAGAAUCAAGGAUCACACUGUUAGUCAAAGAAGCGUUUGGUCAGCUUAUUGCUUUUGAUUCCCAACUUAUAAUUUUAAGAUAAUAUAAUUAGACGAAAGCUGUCUGACCCAGUACUUUUUUGACAAACUGCUGAGAAGAGUGCAGUGUGAGAGUGAACCUGGCAGUGCCUCCCACUGACCUGAAAAGACUUGAGAAUAUGUUACAUGUUUUUUUUUUUUCUUUUGACAAAGAUUUUUGAAUAUAAAAAAUGUAUUUUUGUAUUUUAAUGUUUUUUUUUUUUUUUUCAUAACCUGAACUGAAAAUCAUUGGCUUGUAAUAUUUGUGUACCUAAGAGCUGCAGGAUGAACAGGAACAGUGAAAGGAUUUGGUCUUGUUGCACACUGCACCAUGAUCUGUGUGCGUGGAGAGAGUCACAUGCCUGCUGCAGCUUCUGUGCACUUUAUGAAUCAUUUCCCUUUUGUGGAAAGCUUUCUGAUUAAGACUUUUCUAACCAAUUUAAUCAAGUACUUGAGAAGCCCAGAAUAUGAAAGAAUAAAAUAUUACUUUCACCCUUCUAGCUUCUCGCGGUCUAUUUAUGUUGAAUAUUGUUGUUUGUAUUCUGUGUACUAAAUUAGCAUGUGUGUACCGAGAUGACAGAGCUUUUUAUUCAUUUAUUAUGACUUUAAAUGGUGGUGCUUUGUUGAUCUUUUUGUUGCCUUAAUCUCAACAUUUCUUGCAGUGGUCUUAAAGCAGUGUUCAUGGAGGGUUAUCACAGAAGCGAAUGCACUCCCUGGCACGCUAAUGCUUUGUGAAUACAGCCCUUAAGACCCAUAAGUUAGUGGACUUGGGUCCCAUUGUUUACGGAUUGGGGAUGGUGUCCUGGAGAUAUUGGUGUCAAAUACCUUCUUAGCCACUAGCUAACUAAAAGAAUGUGGAUGUGCGAUUAUGAUACAAUGUUUCAGGCUGGUAUAUUUUUAACAAUAUAACUGAAAAAAAAAUACAUUUAUUAAGGUUUCUAAGAAAAAAAAGUUCAAUGUACAGAAUGCAAAAAGGUUUGUAUGAGUUCAUGGCUUUUGUGUACAUACAUAAAAUAACCAUUUUGGUGUAAAAAAAAUGUGCUUGUUGGAAAAAAACAAUUAAAUCCAUUAUGAAAA